AUGACGGCCGUUGCAAAUCCACCCAGUUUCCAACCGAAUAACAGGUCGCCAUGGGGUGCUAAUGUCGGACAAGGCGGAUUGAACUCCAUGAAUCCCGACGAAGUCGCCCGGAUGUUCAUGCCACGGAAGAGCGCUCAGCGUGCGAACUCGUCGUCCUCGAUAGCUUCAACCUCCUCCACAUCAUCGACGACCACGAUUUCCCAGCCAUCUCCACACCCACAAACCAAUGGUGUACCCAUGCAACUGCAGUCGUCAUCAGAGCUCAAUUCAUGGGGAACUGCUGCGGCGAGGAAGAAGCCGCAAAGGGCCGUCCCAUGGCCAGCAAAUAAAUCGGAAGCAAUAGCUGGCGUAUCUACUGCGCGUCCGCAGCCAAUCCUAACAACCAGUGGCCCGUCUACUGGUCCGUCCACGAUGUCUUCCCUCCACCAGCCGUCCGCCGUUGUGUCAUCGCAGCAUGCUCUCCAGAACCCUUCGCAGCAAGUAAACGGUACCGCAUCAACCGCAACACCCGUUGGCGAGGGAAAUCCUGUCCUUUAUCUGUUGUCUAUGAAUUCAACGUUCGAGCGAAAGACUAUAUCUGUCCCAUACUAUCCCGAUAGCCUGAGAAUAGGGCGGCAGACCAAUGCGAAGACCGUACCCACGCCUGCCAAUGGAUUCUUUGAUUCCAAGGUCCUGUCAAGACAGCAUGCGGAGAUUUGGGCAGAUCGAAAUGGCAAGGUUUACAUCCGAGAUGUGAAGUCAUCAAAUGGCACGUUUGUAAAUGGAAGUCGUCUAUCAGCAGAGAACCGAGACUCGGAGCCCCACGAGCUGCAAACGUCAGAUCACUUGGAAUUGGGUAUUGAUAUUGUUAGCGAGGAUCAAAAGACCGUAGUACAUCACAAAGUAGCCGCAAAGGUGGAACACGCCGGCUUUCUCGGGGCAACAAAUAACGUUCUGGAUAUGAACUUUGGAGAUUUGGAUCCAGCAAAUGGUGCCAUGAUGCUGCCUUCUCAGGGAUCGAUGCAGAUGAGGGGUCGGUCGAGCAGUCAAGGAUCCGUAGGAAGCAACGGCCGUAUGGGGCCCCCCGCGAGCGCAGCUGGAAGCCACAUGAGUGUCAUGGGCCAACAGCGGCCCAUGAACUUCUGGUUAACGCCAGUUACAACAGAGCAAAUUGUUAAAAGACUCACUCAUGAGAUGAGGAUAGCACGGCUGCAGACCCAUGAUCUUGGGCGCGCGGAUAACUUCCUUGGCUCUCUAGUUACAAAAAAUAGCCUCAAGGAAAUCGAGAAGCAGUCGGUUGGCGAGCCUGUUAAAGCUCCACAGGUCAACGGAGCGGUGUUACCCUUCCGGACCGAUGCGAAACCUCGAUUUUCAGAUCCACCAGCGCCUCCUCCUCAACAGCCGCUUCCGGAGAAGCCAGAUGUGACACGCCCGCACACUUUUGAGCCUUCUUCACCGUCGCUAAAACGGUCCAAUACCGAACGACCGCGGUCCGUUCCCAAUGCGUCCCCAGUCCGUCAAGAAUCGCCCAGCCAGAUCAUAACACUGGUAGAAGCCUUAGCAUCAGCCAAAAAGGAAAUUGAUUCCCAGAGUGCUCGAUUGCAGGAUUUAGAGGAGACGCUCCAAAAGGAAAGGCAGGCACGAGAGCUGGCGGAGGAGCUAGUUAAGCGAUUAGAAGCGCAAUCCGAAGUCAAAACGGAAGCCAAAGCGCAUGAAGGAUCAAUCAUUGAGGAAGCCUUUGAACCACCUACCGAAAACUCCGAAACUAGGGGAGAUGAGCCCGAGAAGAGUGCAGCCAAUGGAAAGGUAGUUGAUCCUAACGCUAUUUCACAAUCGACUCUAUUGCUAGAGAAGCGUCUAGAGAGUAUGCUCGGUGAUAUGCAGGAGCUCAAGGAUCAAAUGGAAUCGUUCAAACAGCGGGCGGAGACAGCUGAGGCCGAAAGAGAUGCGGGCCGGACGACCUUGGCCGAGAUGGUUGAAGAGAUUAGAGCAAACGAAGCUACCAGGCGGUCAUCGUCCACCGAGCGCACUCGAUCACUUUCCACGGCCGAUGCCUCACCUAACCACGCCCUCAACGGCAAAUCUGACGAGCCACGCCAAUCACUGGGCUCACUUUUGCGAAAGGAUGAGCUUGUAAAUCGGAAUAUCGACCUAUCGCCGGAAAAAACGGAGCCUGGCGGCUCCACGAUCAACACAUUAUCGAGACGACCGGGAGGCCGCGAUCCGCUAUUAUACCAUGCCACGCCGUAUGCCUCUAUGCUUGGAGUUGUCGUGAUUGGGAUGGGUAUUAUGGCAUACCUGAACGGAUGGCAACCGCCUAAAGUUGACCGAUAA